AUGCCGGCUUUCGUUCUCGGCUUCUUGGUGGCGGCGGUGGCGCUUCUCCAUUCUCGCCUUCUUCUUGUGACCGCCGGAGAUUGUCCCCUGGAUAUGAGUUGGUCAAAUUUCACGUCAAUAGCUUCUACAUGUUCAAAUCAGAAUGAGCGAUCAAAGUGUUGCCGCUAUAUUAAUGCCCUUGUUGCAGUUUCCAUUGCUCAAUAUGCAAAUACAACGGGAGAUCUUGGUGUUCCAGCACCACUCUCUGAUAUUUGCCUUAACUCAGUCUCUGAGACAUUAAAUUCAAAUGGGAUACCUCUUAACGCGACUAUGUUUUGCGGACUGGGGACUAAAAUUCCAGUUUCUUUUCAGUGUGAGGGGAGAGGAACGGUGCUGGAAAUGCUCCAGUCUUCUAAUUUUGAUGAUGUUGUCAGAAAUUGCAAGAUGCCUCUCUCACUGGAAAGUCGUUGCAAAAAGUGUUUAAACUCUGGUAUAUCAUACCUUCGCCAUCUUAUAGGAGAACAAGAUAAUGUCACAUUAAAUAUAUGUCGUGAUGCAACUUUUGUUGCACUUGCUAACCAGGGGGACAACUUUUUGGCUGCUGAUACUGCAAGUUGCUUCUUUAGUGUCCAAGGGCUUAGCAUUCUUCGAGACAAUUCUUCAGAGCCAUCUUUCCAAUCACCUGCCCCAGCAACUUCCCCAAGUCUAUCUCCUGCUCAAGCUCCUGCUCUGCAAUUAAUUGGCAUGCCUCUUAAGAAACAUCAGCAUACAUACCAGCAUGGAUUGAUUCCAGGAAUUGGCAUUAUGAUUACUGGAUUGGCAAUUUUACUAUUAAUAAUCUUGAUAGUGCUUAUUCGUAAGAAAAGUAGAGAAUUGAAGAGAAUGGAAACUCAUACUGAGAAUUUAUGGAAGGCAUCAUCAUCUCCACAUUUCCGGAAGUUUCAGGAAGGUGCAUCUACUAUGUUCCGUAGGUUCAGUUACAAGGAAACAAGAAAGGCAACAGGCAAUUUUAGCACCAUUAUAGGAAGAGGUGUAUUUGGAAUCAUUUACAAAGCUCAGUUUGAUGAUGGUUCUAUUGUAGCUGUGAAACGAAUAAAUAAUAUUUCUGAACAAGGUGAGGAAGAGUUUUGCCGAGAAAUGGAGCUUCUUGGCAGGUUGCAUCAUCGCCACCUUGUUUCUCUGAAAGGCUUCUGUUUUGCAAGAUGUGAGAGGUUUUUAAUGUAUGAAUUCAUGGAAAAUGGUAGCCUAAGGGAUCAUCUUCAGUCAUCAGAGAGAACGUUGACGUGGCAAACUAGAAUCCAGGUUGCUGUGGAUGUGGCCAAUGCUUUGGAGUACCUCCAUUUUUAUUGUGAUCCCCCUUUUUGCCAUGGAGACAUAAAGUCUAGCAAUGUUCUUUUAGACAAGAAUUUCCUAGCAAAGGUUGCUGAUUUUGGUCUUAUACAUUCCUCUAGAAGUGGCGCAAUUCGUGUUGUACCAGUAAAUGCAAAUACCCGGGGAACUCCUGGUUAUGUAGAUCCUGAAUACUUGGUGACUCAAGAGCUGACUGAGAAGAGUGAUAUGUACAGCUAUGGUGUACUACUCUUAGAGCUUGUGACUGGAAAGCGAGCAAUAUUUGAUCAAAGAAAUCUGGUCGAAUGGUCUCAGGAAUUCAUGGCAGCUGACUGUAGGCUGCCUGAGUUGGUUGACCCAGCAAUUGCAGAUCAAUUUGACUUGGAACAACUUCAGGUGGUAGUAGCUGUCAUACAGUGGUGUACACAGAGGGAGGGGAGAGCAAGGCCAUCAAUCAAACAAGUACUCAGGAUGUUCUAUGAGAGAUUGGAUCCGGUGCACAUUGGCUUUUCACGGGUCGUCGAAGAUGAAGAAUACUAUCAUAAUGGGGGAAGGACUAGAAAAGGGAAAGCUCAUCAGAAUGAGAUGAUCGUUUAUGGUGGUGAUGCCAGAUGUCUUCAAUCUUCGUCGAGCACUUCCAGAUCCUACUGCAGCCGAAGUUUUUUGUUGGAGGGCAGUUCACCACAGUCUCCGCCGGGUAUUUUUUCUGUUUGAGAUUGUUUUGGCUACUAAAUUUUUUGUUUUUGUCCCUCCCAUCUCGACCUCUACAAAGAAAUUACCAGUUUCAGAGGGUUGUAAUGUAGUAGAGCUGGUCAACUUGAGGUUGGCCUACCAUUUGAGGAAGAGCUUUUUUUACUUUAUUUUUUGCCUUCUUGAGAUUAUUUUUUUCCCUCAAUUGUUGUACGAAUUCUUAGGAAUUGCAGACACAAUUUUUUGAUAACCCAUUUUCAGGAAGAAUUGAGUGACUUUAUCAACUUAUCGAUUA